AUAAUCUCGAAACGACGCACUAGAUCUCUUAAACCUUUCUCUUUAUGAGUUUCUCUAUUUUUGUAACACGGCUUUAGCAGUUAUACGCUAGAAACAAGGCUGCAUUUGAUGGUUUAAUAUCAAGCAAACUGUUCGAGCUAUCAGAAAUGGGAUGGAGAUGUUUGGCAACUGCAGGUGUUUUGAUUGACUGUUGGAAGGAGGCCACACGUGAAGGGUUCACAGAAGAGCUUUGAAAGAAGAGACCAUUAUGAAGUUGAAUGAGAAGAGCGUGGCACAUUAUGCCACAUGCAACUCCCCUCCAGACAAGACAGGCUUCCUCUUUAAGAAAGGGGAACGGAACACGGCCUACCACCGCCGCUGGUUUAUUCUGAAGGGCAACAUGCUGUUCUACUUCGAGGAGAGGGAAAGCCGAGAGCCGAUUGGCGUCAUCGUCCUGGAAGGCUGUACGGUGGAGCUCUGCGAGUCUGAAUCAGAAGAGUUCGCCUUCGCCGUUAAAUUCGACUGUGUCAAAGCGAGGGUCUACAAGAUGGCCGCGGAGAACCAGGCCGCUAUGGAAUCGUGGGUCAAAGCUCUGUCGCGGGCGAGUUUCGACUACAUGCGGCUGGUUGUGAAGGAGCUGGAGAGGCAGCUGGAGGAGGUACAAGAAGAAGCCAGAUCUUCACAAGCCAAAAACAAGCCUAAGAAACACCAGCCGCAAGUGCAAGGAGCAACCUUUUCGCUACAGAACGCCGCCAUUACGGGGCCUUCGCAGGAAGGGGUGUCUAGCAGAGAAAACGGGGUGUCUUGGAGUAAACCCACCAGUGUGCCAAACGGUGUCAGCGAGGGCUCCGUCUGGGAAGGGGACUUUUGCGGGAGGGGGGAUGGAGUCAAACCACCUCCGGUACCUCCGCGGAGGAAGACCAACGGCGGGUCGCCCGAGAGCCCCGUUUCACCCGGCACAGGCUGCUUCUCCAAACUACACGAAUGGUACGGCAAAGAGGUGGCUGAACUGAGAAUAGAAUGGAUGCAGAGCAAGUGAAUGAAAUCUGCAAGAGACUCGAAAUAUACAUCCGCACACAAGACAUGCUUAGUGUAAUCUCAUCUAAAAACAAAGAGAGCAUUAGAAUGAUAAUCACUCGUCCAAUGUUACUGAUGUUUUUUAUUUCGUUAAACAAGACCAAGCCGUUUUUUAAAGGAACAUUCUGUCAUCAUUUACUCACCCUCAUGUGUUUCCAAACCUCUCUGGAAAAUCUGGUUUAAGAAGUUUUUAAAUACAGGAAAGUAUAACAAAUGUUUUAUCAACUGUACAGUAUGCAUCAGUGUGACCAAGUAAACGGUAAUAGUGCAAUGUUUUUAAAGCAAGUGCAGUGGGGUUUUUUU